AUGUGCUAUCAUAUGGAGAGAGAAUCUUCCAUAAAGAGGAUUGAUCUUUCACAGAAGAGCCAACUUGUGAGAUGCAGCCAGUUAAAAAGUUCUCUAUCAGUUUCUGAAACUCCCAGCACUUCAAUGACAUACAGUUAUUCACCGAAUAUGAGAGACAAUCCUUCCAAAUUUGCACCAUCUAGUGGUGCGGAUUGUAAAACAUGUAUGAUCCAACUUGAAAUUUCAGAUGAUAAUCAAGAUCCAUUUGCAUUUGAUGAGGAUGACAUUGCACCUCCUAAGUGGGACUUACCAUCAAUCAAGCAAAGAAAGUCGCAUGCUAAAAAAUAUGAGGUAACAAGCAGAGAAUUUGAAGAAGGAUGUUUAUCACAGACUAGUGUGAGCAAUGGGGAUGUCAAUUGUUCCAGUUCUUACGUUGGUGGUGAAGAAGGUUCCAGUCUUCUCACUGAUUGCCUUCUUACUGCUAUUAAGGUGCUGAUUAAUUUGACUAAUGACAACCCUAUUGGCUGUCAUCAAAUUGCUGAAUAUGGAGGAUUGGAGAUUAUGCCUCUGUUAAUUGCUCAGCAUUUUCCUUCUUUCAGUUCAUCUUCAUUGCCCACUUUUCACAUAAAGGAAAAUAAGCCAAACAGUGUGAAAGACCAUCGACAUGAUAGGCAUCUCACUGAUCAUGAGAUAGAUUUUAUUGUUGCUAUUCUUGGCCUGCUUGUAAACUUGGUAGAGAAGGAUGGCCAUAAUAGAUCACGGCUUGCAGCAGCCAGUGUUCUGCUACCAUGCUCAGAAGUCUUAGACCAUGAGAUUCGGAAGGAUGUUAUUCCAUUAUUAUGCUCUAUUUUCUUGGCUAACCAAGGUGGAAGUGAGGAUAGCAAUGAAGAUAAAUAUCUGCUACUGAAUGAGGAGGCAGCUAUUCUGCAAGGGGAAAAAGAAGCUAGGAAAACGAUCGUGGAGGCUUAUUCAGCACUGCUUCUAGCCUUUCUAUCCACUGACAGCAAUGACAUUCACGAAGCAGUUGCCAACAAUCUUCCAGAUCAUAAUUUGUCCAUUCUUGUGCCUGUGUUGGAAAGAUUUGUGGAAUUUCAUUUGGCCUUAAAGAUGAUUUCUCCAGCGACCCAUAAAGCUGUUAGUGAGGUCAUUGAAUCAUGUAAAGUUCGUUGAAAGCUCAUCAAAUGGAAAACUAUGUACAGCCUCAGCUGGUUUUGCUGCAAAUCACUUCAUUUCGUCCAACUAGUUACACUAGAUGAUUGUAUAUAAAAGUCAACAGAG